AUGGAAUACCGUAUGCCCCCCGAGCCUAGGCAUGUCGACCGCAAGUUGCUCUAUACCAACCUGGAAGAGCGAAUCAAGUAUUUGCACCACAUGCUCGACUUUGGCUCCGCCGAUGUCGAAGCACUGAUGAACGGUCACAAGUACAUCAAGCAACUGAUCCCUGCGGUGGUCAACUUGGUGUACAAGAAGCUCCUCGAAUGCGAUAUCACAUCACGCGCCUUCCACACACGCAACACAGCCGUGGAGGUCGAGCCCGAGGAAGAUUAUCUCGACGAAGAAACACCCCAGAUCAAGCGCCGCAAGAUGUUCCUGCGCUGGUAUCUGACCCGACUCUGCCAGGACCCCACCACCAUGGACUUUUGGCGCUACCUGAACAAGGUUGGCAUGAUGCACAGCGGACAAGUGCGCAAAUCUCCCCUCAACAUCGAGUACAUUCAUCUCGGCGCCUGCAUGGGUUAUAUCCAAGACAUUUGGAUCGAGGCGAUGAUGUCGCACCCGCAUUUAUCGUUGCGCCGGAAGAUCGCGCUCGUACGAGCCGUUAACAAAAUUCUCUGGAUUCAGAACGAUCUGUUUGCGCGGUACCAUUGCAGUGACGGGGAGGAAUUCUUGGAUGAGAUGUCGCUGAUGAGCUUCGAGGAUCAGGAGGGGUACAUUGGCGAUAAGAAGAUCCUUGGCAGUACAUCCGGGAGCUCCAAUGACGAUGACCGAUCCAGUAUUUCCAGCGGUGUGGCACCUUCUACACACAGUGCAGCACCAUCGUCGAUACCGUCGAGAAGCGAGUCCCGGCCAUCAACCUGUCCCUUCGCAGAGAUGGGGAAGCAAAACUCCACUGAAACCAAGAUCUGGGCGAAUUGA